AUGGAAGUCCUCGCGCCGCAGCGACAUCACCGCGGGCGCCACGUUCGGACAACGUGGUCGCCCGAGGUCGUCAUUCUAGAAGUCCUGUUGACCAUUCGGGUGUCCAGCCAUAUAUUCCACGGCGUUCGGGCCGAGGCUGUGGAUCAGCUCUGGGAUUGGGUGGAUGUGGAGAGUCUCCUAUGGGUUUUGGACACCGGCACAGAGUUGACACUGUGGCGAGACUUUGAGGCUCGCCCGCACAUCAGCAACAUAGACUCAACCCAUCGCAUCGAAGCCAUCUUCGGGAUGCACCAGUCGGCGGGUAGUAACGUGUACCUAGGCGUGAAGUGGAGAGACUACGGCUAUCCCACGUGGGAGCUCGAAGAUGAAAUACCCCUACUUUAUCUCGCAGCCAUGCCCGCACCGGUCACUCUAUAG